AUGGAUGAGUGCUCGGAAACAUUCAGAGCAUAUCAGUUGAGCUACUCGCUUGCUGAUUACAACAAAUUCAAGAAGGUGUGCAAAAAUGCCAAGCAUGAUUUCUUUGAUGAAUGUAUCGCAGAAAUUGCUACUUCUCGCAAGCGCCCGUGGGACCUAAUGGAAUGGGUCAAACAGCGCAAGCUACCACCCUGUGAGGCUAUUCGCAAUGGCGACCAGCCUUGCCAUGACAUGGACGACCUCUGGGAUGCCCUAUAUGGCACGUACAACUCGGCCUCUGGUCGUGAGUACGACGCCUCAGUCUUAGACGAGCUUCCUGACGAGCCAGUCCGUGAGUGGGCUGACUUCUCAGAGCAUGAGUUGUUGAGUGCCCUAAAGGGGUGCUCCAACUCCUCUGCACCAGGACCGGACCAUGUUACAUGGGUCCACCUAAAGGAGUUGCUCAAGGAUAAACACGUCCUUGUGCUCUUCAUCAUGCUGGCCAACGCCUGCCUUUGGGUGGGUCAUUGGCCGCAUAUAUUCAAGGAGUCGCUAUCGGUUAUUGUUCUGAAGCUGAAUAAGCCCUCCUAUGCUGUGCCAAAGGCCUUCAGGCCAAUUGUACUCCUCAUCACUUUCGGUAAACUUAUUGAAAAGAUGAUUGCCAACAGGAUACAGUUUGAUGCUGUCAAGCAUGAUAUCUUCCAUCCUAACCAGCUUGGCGGCAUUUGCCAAAGGUCGACUGACGCUGGCUUUUGA